CCGCCAUCUUUCCUCCGGCUCUUUCAGUCGGGGCGGGGCGGGCUGCUGGUCGGUCUCGUCGGGCCCUGGCAGAAUGUGGGGCCGUCAGCUGCUGCGUCUGUUCUCUGGCUCUCGUUGCCCGCCAAAGAAAACUUCCAAGUGCCAUCCUUCAUGGCAACUUAGCUUCAAGCACAUUCUCCCGAGUUCAGUCCGUCAGCAUCACACAGCUCCGGAAUCGUUAAACUGUGCCUGGCAUCUGAACAGCGAUCAUUUAGAGUUGAAGUUCGGGGACACCCUCAUGCGCUUUGACUACGUCUGGCUGCGUGAUCACUGCCGCUCUGCAUCCUGCUACAACACCAAGACCAACCAGCGUAGCCUUGAUACGGCCAGCGUGGAUUUGUGCAUCAGGCCAAAGACCGUUCGGGUGGAUGACACCACGCUCUUUCUCACCUGGCCAGAUGGCCACGUAACCAGGUAUGGGCUGGAGUGGCUGCUGAAGAACAGCUUCGAGGGGCAGAAACAGCAGGUCAUGCAGCCCCGCCUCCUCUGGAACGCACAGAUCUACCAGGAAGCCCAGGUGCCUUCUGUGGACUGCCAGAGUUUCCUGGAAACCAACGAGGGCCUGAAGGAGUUCUUACAGAACUUCCUCCUCUACGGGAUCGCCUUUGUGGAAAAUGUUCCCCCAACCAAAGAAGACACUGAGAUCUUGGCAGAGAGAAUCAGCUUGAUCAGGGAGACUAUCUAUGGCAGGAUGUGGUACUUCACUUCGGACUUCUCCCGGGGAGACACAGCCUACACCAAGCUGGCUUUGGACCGCCACACAGACACUACCUACUUCCAGGAGCCCUGCGGCAUCCAGGUGUUCCAUUGUCUCCGGCAUGAAGGGACAGGUGGUCGGACACUGCUGGUAGAUGGCUUCUACGCAGCAGAGCAAGUGCGGCAGCAAGCACCUGAUGACUUCGAGCUCCUCACCAAAGUGCCACUGAAACACGAGUAUAUUGAGAAUGUCGGGGGUUGCCACAACCACAUGAUCGGGGUGGGGCCCGUCUUGAAUGUCUACCCUUGGAACAACGAGCUGUACCUGAUCAGGUACAACAACUAUGACCGGGCCGUGAUAAACACCGUGCCUUACGACACCGUGCAUCGCUGGUACACCGCGCACCGUACUCUGACUACUGAACUGAGAAGGCCAGAGAAUGAGCUUUGGGUCAAGUUGAAACCGGGCAAGGCCCUGUUUGUGGACAACUGGCGCGUGCUGCAUGGCCGGGAGUCCUUCACGGGCUACCGCCAACUUUGUGGCUGCUACCUGACAAGAGAUGACGUGCUGAACACGGCCCGUUUCCUGGGGCUGAAAGCCUAAUGUAGCCUGUGGCGUAUAGUAUUGGGGGGAGAAGGUUUGCUGAGCUAGGAACAGGAGAGCAUUUUGUAUACCUCAAGAGACCCGAACACCUGUAAAAGGAGGGGAGGUCCUCACAGCAUUACUUGAUUGUCAUUGUUCAUUGCCUUUUUUUGCUCUCCUCUGGAACCAAGCAGACCCUUCUGUGCUCCCUGACUGUUUGGCUCCCUUGGCUUUAAAAGCACAACCUGUUAGCUCAGGUUGAGCAGGAAGAAAUAGCGAGCCAACCUAGGCCUGCCAAAGCACUCCCAGGUGCCAGAUCUAGCACUUUUUGCUACUGAAACUGGUGAUCAAACUGGCCAUACCAUAGAAGCAUUCUGGACACAGGCCCCCCAAAGUUUACCAAGCACAGCACAGAUAGGUUGUCCUGGAAGCGAGGGAGAGUCUUGAAGAAUGUCAAACUGCAGUCAAACAGACCUUUCCUGGUCCCCGCACACUUCCAAAAUACACAAGUGCCCUGGAAGGCUCCUGUUUGCUUCCUUGCUGAUGCAAGAUGAGAGGGUGCUUAAUGCCAAGGAUCGUGAGGUAACCAACAGAGGCCUGAAGAAACCGAACUUCUCCUUUGGGAGGGAAAACCUCACUGAACGUGUGUCUGAAACCUCGUUGCCAGUUCGUCUGUCCAAUGAAGCAUGGUUGCCUAUAAGCUUUUUCCUGCUCUCCUUGGUUCUGCCUGGCGUUUGGCAGGAGGAGCAAAUGGGACAUUUCUGCUGCCUCUGCAGUGUGAACAUCUUAGUGCUUGAGUGACAAGACUGCCUUCAGAAGCUGCCUUCCGGGCAUCCCCCCUGCACCCCUAAGAACCAGUUCUGGGGUGGAGGGGGGUGAUUCCUAGAAACAAUGGCCUCUUUGGAUGAAUUGCUCUGAAGACAGAUAAGACUCUAGGCAGGCAGCUGGUAUUGACCAGCAAUUAUAUCAUUGAUAGCAACAAAAAAUAUAUCCUUUGUCCUUAACAGUUGAAGGACAUUGCCACUUACAACAACACAUUACAGUGGACUUGCAACUACACUUGCCUUGUAAACAAGUGAUAACUUUGAAGCUUCCUAGUUGCAUUUGGAUGCAAGCCCAGGGCUUUUAGACUGGUCUCAGGCAGUCUUUUGAAACUGGCUGAGCAUGUAUUUCUGUGUGCAUUGAGCACCACAAUAUAUUUGGAGUCGAAAUGCCUGAAAGGUAUUAAAAAUUAUUUUUAAUCGCAUGCGGAGGGAGGAGUUGCAGUAGAUCUGCAGCCUCAAAAGAGAUAGUAAAAUUCAUCCGUGGCUUGGCCCUUGCUCCCUUAGCAGACAUCGGCUGCCUUCUGCACAUUGGAUAAUGCACUUUCAGUAGACUUGCACAAUUGUUUGCAAACAGGAAAAUCCACUUGCAAACAAUUGGUAAAAUGUCUUGAAAGUGCACGAAAGCAAGCUUAGAGAGCUUAGGAUGGUUUGGGUGGAAUCCAUUCCCAGCCCUUCGGCUGGAUAGAAUCAGCAUCCUUCUGCUAGUCUAGUGGGAAUUCUUCAGUGGGUGGAAAAGUCACACCCAGGUCUAUAAGAUCCGGGGUCUUACCAGAGUCAGGAGAUCAGGUCUCUUUCAAAUGAACAGAGUUAUUGCUAGACUUAGCCCUUCCAGACUGCCAAAGAGAAACCUGUUAGCUGUCUGAGGUAACCAAGCCUCCAUUUUAUCUAUCCACUAACAAUUGCACGCUCCUUCAGCAAUUGUUCUGGUGCUCCGUGGUUUUCCUCUCUUGGAACGUCAGGGGAACUGGCUAGACUCCUCCAGGACUGUUUACAAACAGCUCCUAUGGUCAAGAACGCAUUGCAGUAAUAACUCUUAGUCUGGGAUGUACCACUUCAAACUGCUUAUAGAUGCAUACGAUGGAAUGACGUAUACAAUGGAAUACUCUUUCAUCUGAACAAUUUAAAAGCCCAAAUGGUAGAAUGUCUUUCAGAAUCUGGGCUACAACCCUUUCCCCUGGCAUGCUAGCUUUCUGGGUGAAGGGAUUUUUAAAAAUCAGUCUUGCAAGCCCCUACCUGUGCCCAGAAAUGGUACUGCACAGAUCCAGAUUUACCACCCCGGGGAGACCUAGGCAUAGGUGUGCCUUUUCUCUCAAGGACUAAAGGAGUUUGAUUUCCUCUAGAGCAACUUUUGUCGUCUCGGCUAUAGCUUUUGGGGGAUCAGGUCUAUUUUCUGUUUUUCUCUCCUUUUUAAAAAAAUUAAUCCUUGGAUAAGUGACCAUAACAAUUGUGCAAGGAGAGGCAUCGGUUCAUACCCUUGUUUCUUUCACGUGCUCCCUGCUUGCCACCACCUCUUGUUUGUUUCUGCAAGCUGUUACUUGGGGGAUGCCAACUGUCUGAAUCGGGUCCUAGCGCCUGACUUUGUAGUACAAGGAGGAGCAGAGGUGAGCAUGAGACAUGUUUGUUGCAGAGGAGGUCUCGGACGGUUUGCAAGAUGCAGAUCUCCAAUUGCAUGUCCAACCUUUCCGACUCGGCCAAAGCCUCUUGCCCCCAUUUCCCUGUACACAUGUUGCAAUGUGGCUCCACAGUUAUGCCCCCAACCCUCCUGUCAGUGUGUACGUUUCUUGCUCCACUUGGGAAUAGCUGGCCCUUACUGUGAUGCAUUCUGAUUGGGCUUUGUAAUCCACGUUUUUUGCAAUUUCGCUCUUUUCUGAUAAUAAAAGGAAUCAGUGGCUUUGCUUUUCAGAGUGGUGGA